CAAGGCCAGAGUGCUGGCCUCCACCCUGUCCCUGCGUGUCCCUCACACCCCCAGUCCUAGGAGCUCACCCCUUCCAGCACCUCCAGACCGAGGCCAUUCUGAUUCUGGUCCCGUUCCUUCCCCUGCAGAAAGCACCCCGCCACCAUGUCUGACGAGGAAGUUGAACAGGUCGAGGAGCAGUGCGAGGAGGAAGAGGAGGCCCAGGAGGAAGAAGUCCAUGAGGAAGUCCACGAACCAGAGGAGGUCCAAGAAGAGGAGAAGCCAAGACCCAGACUCACUGCUCCUAAGAUCCCGGAAGGGGAGAAAGUGGACUUUGAUGACAUCCAGAAGAAGCGUCAGAACAAGGACCUCAUGGAGCUGCAGGCUCUCAUCGACAGCCACUUCGAGGCGCGGAAGAGGGAGGAGGAAGAGCUGAUCGCCCUCAAGGAGAGAAUUGAGAAGCGCCGCGCAGAGCGAGCGGAGCAGCAGAGGAUCCGUGCCGAGAAGGAGCGGGAGCGCCAGAACCGGCUGGCGGAGGAGAAAGCGCGCAGGGAGGAGGAGGACGCCAAGCGGAGGGCGGAGGACGACCUGAAGAAGAAGAAGGCCCUGUCCUCCAUGGGCGCCAACUACAGCAGCUACCUGGCCAAGGCCGACCAGAAGAGAGGCAAGAAGCAGACGGCGCGGGAGAUGAAGAAGAAGGUGCUGGCUGAGAGGCGCAAGCCGCUCAACAUCGACCACCUCAGCGAGGACAAGCUGAGGGACAAGGCCAAGGAGCUCUGGGACACCCUCUACCAACUGGAGACCGAAAAGUUCGAGUUUGGGGAGAAGCUGAAGCGCCAGAAGUAUGACAUCAUCAACCUCAGGAGCCGCAUCGAUCAGGCCCAGAAGCACAGCAAGAAGGCCGGGGCCCCGGCCAAGGGCAAAGUCGGCGGACGCUGGAAGUGAAACAGCCAGAGAAGGUUCCAGAGGCAG